UUUAGGUAGGUUGAUUUUAGUUAAAAGCCACUUUGCAACUGCCUUAGCCUUCACCUUAACUGGUUAAAUUAAACUUAUUAUUAUACAAUAUACCACCAUUUUAGCUCUCUUUCACUUCUUAAUUAAACAUUAAUUAAAAUGAUCCAUUAAGAUUUAAGACUGACGGCAGCCAUGGAAUCUCAAUUUGGAAGCUCAGAUCAGCUCCCCUUCUCGUAGACUUGUAGUUGUAAACUAUUUAAUUUCUGUUCAUUUAUGGGAUUCAAUAGUAAUUUCUGGGCGUAAUUUGGCAUAAGGGUUUACUUUUUAGUAUGAAAGGGUGAUUAUUUCAAGAAAAAGUGUUGAUUUUUGGUUGAAGAUUGGUGGUAUUUUUAGGUUAAAUGUUAUACUCUGGCAGUCUGGCUAUUCACACUUAGAAGUCCCUGUUUUACUUCAUUUAAUGUUCAGAUUUUGAGGAAUGAAAUUGGGGUUUUCCCAUGAAUUGUGAAACUGGGUAUUUUUGGAUCAUGUGAAUUUCUUUGGAUUUUAGCUUAAGCUUGUGGGUCGAUGGUAAAUCUCAAAAUUCAUUUGACCCUUUAAAAAAAAGAAAGAUUUCUACUUUGUGGGAAUUUUGGGAACUAAUUUGAUCAUUUUUUGAGAGAAUUCAUCUUAUUUUUUAGGGUAUAGGCUAGGUGAGGGAAGGGAGGGCUAGGGAGGGCAGCGAGAAUCAAAUUGAAGUCUUUACCGGAGAAAUGGUACAUGCUCCAACUGAGACAAUAUCUGAUUCUUGAGAUUUGAUCUUAUUAUAUGUUGAAUUCUUGGGAAUGAAUGCUUUGUAUGUGUAAAAGGUAUUAGCAAUGCCAGAGAAGACCUUGCGAUCUUCGAGGUUGCUUCUGAGCUUAACGGCUUUUUCCAUGUUUUUCCUUAUACUUUCAUCCUUCUUUCUAUUCCAUUCGGUCAUUAAUCCUCUAAUACCCUCGUCGAUAUAUAAACAAUUUGUCGCUGAUAGUGUUCCCAUUGACAAUAAACUUGAGGGCAAUGAUGAGCUUGAGCUAUCAAAACCAGUUGUUGUACCAUUACCACUUGAUUUGUCGGGAAAUGAGUCGUGUAAUCGAAAUAAAGCUCUCCUAAGGGUUUACAUGUACGAUAUGCCUCCUGAAUUUCAUUUUGGGCUGUUAGACUGGAAGGCAGGUCCGAACCGAAUAUGGCCUGAUGUUCGUGAACCGAAGCAUAUUCCACGGUAUCCUGGUGGGUUAAACUUGCAACACAGUAUAGAGUAUUGGCUCACUCUUGAUCUUCUGUCAUCCAAUGUUAGGGAAAUAGUUAGACCUUGUAGUGUUAUUAGAGUAGAAAAUCCAAGUGACGCAGAUUUUAUAUUUGUGCCAUUUUUUGCAUCGUUAAGUUACAACCGACAUUCUAAGGUUGUUCAAAAAGAUAAAUUCACCAUCAACAAGAUAUUGCAAGAUCAAUUGGUGGAGUACUUGAUGAGUCGGCCAGAGUGGAUUAAGUCCGGUGGAAAAGACCAUAUUAUUGUUGCACAUCAUCCAAAUAGUUUGUUGUAUGUAAGAACGAGGCUGGGUUCUGCUAGAUUUGUGCUUGCAGAUUUUGGGAGAUAUGCCGCUAAUACUGCUAAUUUGGAGAAGGAUGUCAUCGCUCCUUACCAGCAUGUUGUAAGGAGUAUCAGCAACAACAGUUCAGCCCCAUUUGAACAGCGUCCUACAUUAGCGUAUUUCCAAGGAGCAAUCUAUCGGAAAGAUGGGGGAGCAAUUCGCCAAGAGCUCUUUUAUCUCUUAAAAGACGAGAAGGACGUGCACUUCACAUUUGGAAGUACUCAACGGAGUGGUGUUCUUCAAGCAAGCCUAGGGAUGGGGUCUUCUAAAUUUUGCUUAAACAUAGCAGGAGAUACCCCUUCAUCCAACCGUCUUUUUGAUGCCAUUGUUAGCCAUUGUGUCCCCGUCAUUAUUAGUGACAACAUUGAGCUACCGUUUGAGGAUGUCUUGAAUUACUCCGAGUUCAGCGUAUUUGUUUGGGAGUCAUAUGCUGUAAAACCUGGAUUCUUGGUUAAUCUUCUCAGGGGAAUCGGGAAGGAUGAGUGGACAAAGAUGUGGGAAAAGCUCAAAGAAGUUGCUCAUCAUUUCGAGUAUCGAUAUCCAUCGCAACCAGGGGAUGCUGUCGAUAUGAUUUGGCAGGCAUUUGCACGAAAAAAAACGUCUUCAAAGAUGAAUCGUAAGGAGAGAAUAUAUCGAACACAAUAGUCUCCUUCAGAGUAGCCGAGAUUGUAUCAAUACACAUGGUCCAAAAAUAAUGGAGAUGGAGGCAAGAUUGAGGAAUGGAAUGGAAGUGAUUGCUUUCAUGUUAAUUUUACUACUUUAAAUGCAUCAAAAUUUGGAUAGUCUUGGUUUCUUGUGCAUAUUGGAUUUCUCUUUAUGCUUUACUCUCCACUCUUGUUUGUUGAAGGAAUUAAUAAUUAAUUUUCUUUAACUUUCUUUUUAUGAAGGAUAACAUUAAUUGAUCCACUAAAUUGAAGGAAUAUUUUGAGCAAUAAUGAAGAUUGAGGAAGUAUUGAA